AUGACCUCUCGUACGGCGCCCCGCAAACCCCUUGCCUUGAAGCAAUUCAUCCGCAAUGUUCGUGCAUCCAAAACUAUUGCCGACGAGCGUGCGGUUAUUCAAAAAGAGAGUGCUGCUAUUCGGGCGAGUUUCAGAGAGGACAGCACAGAUUCUGGCGUCCGGAGAAACAACGUCGCCAAAUUAUUAUAUCUAUUCACACUGGGAGAGAGAACGCACUUUGGGCAGAUAGAAUGUCUGAAAUUACUAGCCUCACCACGCUUCGCCGACAAGCGACUGGGCUACCUGGGGACUAUGUUACUGCUGGAUGAAAAUCAAGAAGUUUUGACAUUGGUUACCAAUUCCUUAAAGAAUGACCUCAACCAUUCGAAUCAGUAUGUCGUUGGCCUUGCUCUCUGUACACUCGGGAAUAUCGCGUCCGUCGAAAUGUCCCGAGACCUAUUUCCUGAAAUCGAAUCCCUCAUAUCAACGGCAAACCCUUAUAUCCGUCGAAAGGCAGCCCUAUGCGCCAUGCGAAUCUGCCGUAAAGUACCUGACUUGCAAGAACAUUUUAUUGACAAAGCGAAGAACCUUUUGGUAGACCGGAACCACGGUGUUUUGUUGAGCGGGUUGACACUUGCGAUCGAAUUUUGCGAAUACGAUGAAAAUGAAGGUACCGGAGAAGUCAUUGAUAAAUUCCGCCCAAUGGCUGCUGGACUGGUGCGAACGUUGAAGGGCUUAACUUCCUCUGGCUACGCUCCCGAACAUGACGUUUCUGGCAUAACAGAUCCAUUCUUACAGGUGAAAAUCCUGCGGUUUCUGGGGGUGCUUGGGAGAGGAGAUGCAGCUACCAGCGAGUUAAUAAAUGACAUUCUCGCUCAAGUCGCUACGAACACCGAGUCUAGCAAGAAUGUCGGAAACUCUAUUUUGUACGAGGCUGUUUUGACUAUCCUGGACAUCGAAGCCGACUCGGGUCUUCGUGUGCUAGGCGUCAAUAUACUGGGGAAGUUUUUGUCCAACAAAGAUAACAACAUCCGAUAUGUUGCUCUUAAUACCCUUGUCAAAGUGGUUGCUGUAGAGCCAAACGCUGUCCAGAGGCACAGGAACACGAUCCUAGAAUGUUUGCGGGACCCAGACAUCAGCAUACGACGGCGAGCUCUAGACCUUAGUUUCACAUUGAUCAAUGAAGGAAAUAUCAGAGUACUUGUUCGUGAGCUCUUGGCGUUCCUAGAAGUCGCUGAUAACGAGUUCAAGUCUUCCAUGACCACCCAAAUUGGAAUCGCUGCGAACAAAUUUGCUCCAAAUCCAAGAUGGCAUGUGGACACUAUGCUCCGCGUAUUGAAACUCGCCGGCAACUACGUGAAGGAACAAAUCAUUUCGUCAUUCGUUCGUCUCAUUGCUACAACUCCUGAUCUGCAGACUUACUCUGUGCAAAAGCUAUACGCAGCUCUAAAAGAAGAUAUCUCCCAAGAAGGUCUUACCGUAGCUGCAUCCUGGGUUAUUGGUGAAUUUGGAGAUGCUCUCCUUCGCGGAGGCCAGUACGAGGAAGAGGAACUGGUGAAGGAGCACCUACGCAACCCCAAUUGUGACGGAAUACAUUACUACAGCUUCCAUGAAGCUCUCCACGAGGAUUUCAGACCCCGCCCAGAUCGAGCGAAUCCGCCGAUUCUUGAAGACAAGACUGCCGAUCUGAGCGAAGAGAUUCAGCAGCGAGCCGUGGAAUAUAGCAAUUUAUUUGGAUAUGAUCAGAUAAGGCAGGGGGUGCUUGAGAGGAUGCCUCCACCAGAAAUACGGGAGGAGCAGCGAGUCCUCGGCGAAGUCAUGAACAAACGACAAAGCAGACUGCUGAAAGACAAAUCAAAGAAACGGUCUAAACCCACUGAACAAGAUAUGCUACUCGACCUCAUGGGCGGUGGCUCUGACGUCCCAGCCGAAAGCACGCCAGGCAAAACGAAUGGCAGCCAAAACACCGCAGACCUCCUCGCUGAUAUUCUUGGUGGCAGCAGCUCGGAGGCUGCGCCACGACCACAGCCUACGUCCGCCAGAUCCUCAAACGUCAAUGAUAUCAUGGACCUUUUUGGCUCCAAUGGGGCUUCCCAGCAGCAGCCUACUGCAGGCCUCUCAGGCCAUACAGCCCAACCUGUUGCUCCGGCCACUCCAUCACCCUCUGCUCAUGAAGUGUUUAACAAGAACGACCUCCAAGUAACCCUCCAAAUCCAAAGAAAUAGUGCGGGCACAUGUCAGAUACUUGCCAGGUUCCGCAAUACAUCCGCUCUGGACAGUUUCUCGGGCGUUGGUCUGCAAGCUGCGGUACCCAAGACUCAGAAACUUCAGCUGAGUGCCAUCAACAAACCCGACCUCGACGGUGGUGAAGAGGGCACACAAGCAAUGAGGAUUGCGGCCACAUCUGGCGCACUUCCUCCAAAACUCCGGCUGCGCCUAAGAAUUAGCUACUCCAAAAACGGAGGAAACCCCAGCGUGGAUCAGGUGGAUUGGACUGAACCGGCAGUUAUUGGGGGCUGA